UAAACCGUUAUACUGUUAUAAUUCGUAAAAUCGGAACCUUGAUUCUAAUAUUAUUUGUAUAAAUAUUUCACAUAUAUCAUAUCAAAAUUUUGUCUGCUUCUUUUUACUGUGUGAAGUGUAUUAUAUCCGUAGUCUUCCUCUUUUUCUCUAUCUCUUUACAAGAAUUUUAUACAUACAAAUAAAGUAUAGAGAAACAUUGAAUUAACUUAUCCGAACAGUGCCAUCUGAGAGGUGAAAUAUCUGUAAAUUUGAUACCGUAUUAAUUUUAAAAUGGGAUUAUUUGGAUAUAUCAAGAGGUACUCUGGGAUAUUCCUAGCAGACGUAGCGACUUCGAUAGGCCUUUAUUAUUUAUGGAAUAAGGGACAUAAGUACUUGGUUCCAACGGUGUCCUUAUGUGGUAUCGGUCUUUCUUACCUAUGUUGCCAUCUAAAAUCUCGAGACAAACUGACCUCGAAUGAUGUGAUUGUCAUAACUGGCUGCGGUUCAGGGUUAGGAUACAGUCUGGCUCUGCAUUGCCGACAACUGGGAGCAACUGUAAUAGCGGGUGUAUUGCAAAUGGAAUGUCCCUCGGUUCAAAAACUAGAAGCUGAAGGAGUAAUCGUUUUCCCUUUAGAUCUUAUGGAACUGAAUAGCACUACAGGUUUCACGGAUUCCGUUCGUCGUACUAUAGCGGAAAAGAGAUUAGUGUUGCGAUGUGUAAUCAAUAACGCAGCCGUGAUGGUCUUUGGUGAAUUUGAAUGGCAAACAUAUGGGCAGCUUAAGAAUCAGUUGGAAGUUAACUUUCUUGGUGCUAUGAUAGUCACGCAAGAAUUGAUGCCAAUUAUCCGCGCCCAUUAUAGUCGGAUUAUCGUAGUCUCAAGCCACUGUAAGACGCAGCCAAUUCCAGGAGCUUCGGUUUAUAGUGGAACCAAGGCUGCUAUCAGCGCCUGGGCCACUGGCCUUAGGGUGGAGUUGAAGAAGUAUGGCAUCAGAGUUGUUUGCGUCGUUCCUGGUAACCAAGGUUCCUUCAUUAAAGAGAGCAAUAUAUUUACUCGACAAGCUGACCACUUUGAGGCGAUGAAGUGGGUGAUGCCCAGGGAGGCACAAAACUUUUAUGGUAACUACUUAUAUAGAUAUAUGAAAUAUUUCACGUCGCUGGUGAAAAAUACAACCGUGCAAACGGUACGAGACGGCCGUAUCUAUGAAAUCUUCGAAGGCGCUCUUCUGGACAGAUAUCCAUCGGCAACCUACAAGAAUGAAUCAUGGCGUUAUGCGAUUUACCAUACCUUGUUUUCAAUUACACCAACCUUUUUGCGUGAUCGACUGGUCGAGAGGUUCGUACAUGCCCCUGCAUGGACGAAAGAGGAUGCUGAAAAAUCUAUGGAAUUCGCCCAGAGGGCGAUGGACGGAUUGUAUAAGAAGCACAACAACGGACAUGCUGUCAUAUUAGAAUAGAUCACGCUAAGAAUAAAAAUCCAGAGGAAAUCUUGAUCUCAAUAUUAAAAACAAAUGAAGAAAAUGAAAUUAUAAUGUGUUUUUUCGCAUAAAAGCAAGAAUAAAAUGUAAAAAAAAUUUUUAUCGUUAAAUUGAUUUUUAUUAUUAUUUAUUAUAUGUUUCGUAUGUCAUAAGUUACUAUCUACUUUCCGUUUCUUUCGUAUCUUCUAUACUCUUUUUUUCUUAUAUGUCGUGUGUAUCUAUCUUUGGUAAACCGUUGAAGUUUAAAUAUUAGCUUGUUCCAAACGUUUCUUUUGUUUUAUAAGGAAAUGCUAGAUGUACAAGAUUUUUUGUUUUAUAUUAUUUUUUCAGUUGUUGGCUGAAUCGAAAGCAGAUUCUUAAUUUGUAAUUAAAUUUGUCUUUGUAACGUUAAGUGACUCCGUGACGAUUGAAAUAUCGGCACAUGUAACUAGUCAUAUCUGGAGAACUUUCUUGAUAAAAUAAUAAUUAGUUAUAACACAAAAAGUCAAUGUGAUAUGUUUGUAAAGUACACAAAUGUUUCUGGACACCUGCAAUGAAACGAUUAAUCGUGAUUAUUAGUUUAGGUGUAAAAUAUGAUUUUU